AUGCCGAAUCAAGCCAGUACCUCAAGUUUUGUCACGUCUAUUGCAUCCGAGAUCAAGAAAGGUACCGUCGAGAAUGGAAGGGUGUAUGCAGCUUAUGGCAACCACGAAUAUGGUCUUCCUGUGGAUGAUUAUGAGCUUGACCGGCUUGAUAUGAAUCAUCAGAAAUACACCCUGCUACAAGGAAACAGGCUCUUCCUGGCGCCAAUAACACCUACUCCUCAGAAGAUUCUGGAUCUGGGAACAGGAACAGGUACCACCUGGUGCGCACUCGUACUUCUGACAUGCUCAUCUCUUGUCAAAGGUAUCUUUGCAAUAGACAUUGCAGACAUGUAUCCUUCCGCCAAAGUCAUCGGUACCGACAUUGCGCCUGUGCAACCACAAUGGGUCCCGACGAACUGCCAGUUUGAGAUUGAAGACGCCGAAGACGAGUGGACUUUUCAGAAGAACGAUUUCGACUAUAUCCAUGGUCGAGACUUUUAUCAAUCCAUACGUGAUUGGCGGCGCUUGGUUCAGCAAAGCUACGAUCACCUCAAACCAGGUGGGUAUCUAGAACUCGCAUGUGUCUAUCCAGUGCCUCGAUGUGAUGACGAAACGCUUCCUCAAGAUUGCGCAUACGUCGAGGUCUGCCAGACCUUUCAAGAAAUUGGGGCAAAGAUGGAAGCUGAUCCGGAUGCUCCAUUACAUUUCCACGAACAUAUGCGCGAAGCCGGCUUUGCCAACGUUUCUCAGACGAUUUUGAAGAUUCCAACCUCACCUUGGCCAAAGGAUCGACGAUUGAAGAAGGUUGGUGCUCUGGAACUGAUGAAUCUGAUGGAAGGCGCACAAGGGUUUCUGCUCCGAGGGUACACGAAAGAGUUUGGGAGGACGAGGGAGGAACUGGAGCUUCUUUUGAUGCGAAUGCGAAAGGAAUUGACUACCCAGAAGUACCACAGCUACGUUUCUUUCUAUGUCGUGUAUGGGCAAAAACCCGAGGACAAGAGUCAGUCAGCGGAGGAUAUUUGA